AUGGAGCCGAAAAUUUUCAAUCUCCCGCGCCCGAAGAAAUCCGUCCUUCCACCUCAGUCAAAAAAGCGGAAAAUCGAACACAAAAUCGAAGAGAUAUCCUUUGAUACAGAUGCACGAGCAGAUUAUUUGACGGGUUUUCACAAGCGGAAGCUACAGAGAGCAAAGCAGGCACAGGUGGAGGCGGAGAAGAAAGCAAGGGAAGAGAAGAUCCAGAUGCGGAAGCAGUUGAAAAACGAACGGCAGCAAGAAUUAGACGCUCAUGUACAGGCUGUGAAUAGACUGCUUAAGGAUGUUGCUGGGUCAGAUAAUGACGAGGAGGCCGGUGACCAAGAAGAAGCUUGGGAGGGAAUCCCUGACGAGAAGCCAAUAGUCGAGCCAGUGAACCAUGAGGAAGAAUAUGUGGAUGAGGAUCUAUACACGACAGUUACGGUCGAAGAGAUGGACGUGUCGAAGGAAGGACUUCUAAAAGUCGAAGACGGUGAAGAUAGCGAUGACACAAGUGAGGCGCCGAAACUAGUACAGAGCGAGGCCAAACCCAAGAAGGUGUGGCCGAAAAAGGAGAAGAGGAAGAAAUUUACAUAUGAAUCCAAGGCGGAGAGGAAGUUCACUAGAAAUAAGCAGAGUGCAGGGAACAAGGCUAAAGCAGACGCUCGUAGAGGCAACGGUUGA